CAAAAAAACACAGUUCACCAGAAAAUGGCUGAAGAAGUGAAGUUGUACGGAAUUGUAACAAGUCCAUUUGUUACCAGAGUCAGAAUUGCUUUGAAUCUCAAGGGAAUCAAGUACGAGUUCAUCGAAGAAGAUCUGAAAAAUAAGAGUCCUGACCUUCUCAAAUACAAUCCUGUUAAUAAGAAGGUACCCGUGCUCGUACACAACGGAAAUCCGAUCUCCGAGUCUCUUGUGAUCAUCGAGUACAUCGACGAUGCCUGGAAAGGGCUUCCAAUUAUGCCCCGGGACGCUUAUGAGAAGGCUCAGGCUCGAUUUUGGGCCACGUUCAUUGCUGAUAAGUGUCGUCCUGCACUACUCAAGGCUAUUGGCAGCCAUGGAGAGGAGCAAGCGGUUGCGGAAGCUCAUGAGCAACUGCAGUUUCUGGAAAAUGAGCUGAAUGUGAAAGGCAACAAGUUUUUUGGAGGUGACAACAUUAACCUGGUUGAUAUCUGUGCUAGUCACAUAGCCUAUUGGGUUCUGACAGCUGAAGAAGCAUUUGGAAUAGAGUUGGUGACCAAAGACAAGUUCCCAAAAUUAACAGAAUGGCGCGGUCACUUUCUUAACUGUCAAGCUGUCAAGGAUGGACUGCCUCCAAGAGAAAGACUUAUUGCUUAUUACAAGCAGCGGUUUGGAAAGGCGUGAUAUGGUUAUAAAUUUGUGCUUUUGAACUCGAAGCUUCUCUUGAAUGACAUCCAUCGAUGUUUCAAUAAUAAGCAACUCUUAGAUGUUGAUUUGUCUUGUUGUACUAUCUUGUAUGUAACAGAUUCAAUGUUUAUGAUUUUGUUUAAGUUUCUCUAUAUACCCAUGCCUUCUUUUCA